GCUGGAGGGACCGCGGCUAACAUCGUCUCAUCACUCUCCUGAUUUUUCUCCACAUUUUCAGAUCUACAGUUUGAGGAUGGUGUAACCAUCAUGUGGUGAAGUGCAGGAGCUGACAGACCCCAUUCACUGCAGAAACACAUGCUGUUUGGAUCAGAGCUCAAAAUAGUCUGAGUUCUAAGAAAGUGAAACUCAGACAGUCGUUGCCACUGAGAGGUGAGAUGGCAGAGAAAAGAAUGAAGCUGGGCCUGGAAGCAAUUACUUGUUCCAUCUGUCUGGAUCUCCUGAAGGAUCCGGUGACUAUUCCCUGUGGACACAGCUACUGCAUGAACUGUAUUAAAACCCACUGGGAUGAAGAGGAGGAGAAGAGAAUCCACAGCUGUCCUCAGUGUAGGCAGACCUUCACACCGAGGCCUGUCCUGGUGAAAAACACCAUGUUAGCAGUUUUAGUGGAGGAAUUGAAGAAGACUGGACUCCAAGCUGCUCCUGCUGAUCACUGCUAUGCUGGACCUGAAGAUGUGGCCUGUGAUGUCUGCACUGGGAGAAAACUGAAAGCCCUCAAGUCCUGUCUGCUCUGUCUGGUCUCUUACUGUGAGAAACACCUGCAGCCUCACUUUGAAUCUCCUGCCUUUGAGAAACACAAGCUGGUGGAGCCCCUCAAGAAGCUCCAGGAGAACAUCUGCUCUCGUCAUGAUGAGGUGAUGAAGAUGUUCUCAGCUGCAGCAGAAAGGACCAAGAGGCAGAGAGAGCUCGAGGUGAGUCGACAAAACAUCCAGCAGAGAAUCCAGGACAGAGAGAAAGAUGUGAAGGUGCUUCAACAGGAGGUGGAGGCUAUCAAUCGCUCUGCUGAUGAAGCAGUGGAGGACAGUGAGAAGAUCUUCACCGAGCUGAUCCGUCUCAUGGAGAAAAGACGCUCUGAUGUGAAGCAGCAGGUCAGAUCCCAGCAGGAAACUGAAGUGAGUCGAGUCAAAGAGCUUCAGGAGAAGCUGGAGCAGGAGAUCACUGAGCUGAAGAGGAAAGACGCUGAGCUGAAGCAGCUCUCACACACAGAGGAUCACAACCAGUUUCUACACAACCACCCCUCAGUGUCAGCACUCAGUGAAUCUACAGACUCAUCCAGCAUCAAGAAACGUCCUCUGCGCUACUUUGAGGAUGUGACAGCGGCUGUGUCAGAAGUCAGAGACAAACUACAGGACGCUCUGAGUGACAUCUCACUGACUGUGACUGAAGUGGAUGUUUUACUGUCAAAGCCACGACCAGAGCCCAAGACCAGGGCUGGAUUUUUAAAAUAUUCAUGUGAAAUCACACUGGAUCCAAACACAGCACACAGAAGUCUGCUUUUAUUUGAGAACAGAAAAGUAAGGACAACAAGCGGAACACAGUUGUUUUUGUCUAAUCACCCAGACAGAUUCACUGAAUGUUCUCAGGUCCUGAGUAGAGAGAGUCUCACUGGACGUUGUUACUGGGAGGUGGAGUGGAGAGGGGGAGGAGCUGAUGUAGCAGUCGCAUACGAGAAUAUCAGCAGAGCAGGCAGGUUGAAUGAAUGUGAAUUUAGACUAAAUGACAAAUCUUGGGUUUUAGAAUUUUACCAAAACAGUUAUAACUUUUGGUACAACAAGGUCCAAACUCCCGUCUCAGGUCUGCAGUCCUCCAGAAUAGGAGUGUACCUGGAUCACAGUGCAGGUAUUCUGUCCUUCUACAGCGUCUCUGAAACCAUGACUCUCAUCCACAGAGUCCAGACAACAUUCACUCAGCCUCUCUAUGCUGGACUUUGGCUCCGUUACUCUUCUUGUGGAAACACUGCCGAGUUCUGUAGACUGAAAUACCCACAUUGUAGCACAUGUGCUCCAUGUCUCCGAGGUAGGAUGGAGCUGGUGGAGCCCCUCAAGAAGCUCCAGGAGAACAUCUGCUCUCGUCAUGAUGAGGUGAUGAAGAUGUUCUCAGCUGCAGCAGAAAGGACUGAGAGGCAGAGACAGCUCGAGGUGAGUCGACAAAACAUCCAGCAGAGAAUCCAGGACAGAGAGAAAGAUGUGAAGGUGCUUCAGCAGGAGGUGGAGGCUAUCAAUGGCUCUGCUGAUAAAGCAGUGGAGGACAGUGAGAAGAUCUUCACCGAGCUGAUCCGUCUCAUGGAGAAAAGACGCUCUGAUGUGAAGCAGCAGGUCAGAUCCCAGCAGGAAACUGAAGUGAGUCGAGUCAAAGAGCUUCAGGAGAAGCUGGAGCAGGAGAUCACUGAGCUGAAGAGGAAAGACGCUGAGCUGAAGCAGCUCUCACACACAGAGGAUCACAACCAGUUUCUACACAACUACCCCUCAGUGUCAGCACUCAGUGAAUCUACAGACUCAUCCAGCAUCAACAUCUGUCCUCUGCGCUACUUUGAGGAUGUGACAGCGGCUGUGUCAGAAGUCAGAGAUAAACUACAGGACGCUCUGAGUGAGAAAUGGACAAACAUCUCACUGACAUUGACUGAAGUGGAUGUUGAUCUGAUGUCAGAUCCACAACCAGAGCCCAAGACCAGAGCUGAGUUCUUAAAAUAUUCACAUGAAAUCACACUGGACCCAAACACAGCACACACACAGCUGUUAUUAUCUGAGGGGAACAGAAAGGCAACAUUAAUGAGAGAAGAACAGUGGUAUUCUCAUCAUCCAGACAGAUUCAUCAAAUGUUCUCAGGUCCUGAGUAGAGAGAGUUUGAGUGGACGUUGUUACUGGGAGGUGGAGUGGAGAGGGAGAGUUUGUGUAGCAGUCGCAUACAAAAAUAUCAGGAGAGCAGGGUGGUCGGAUGAGUGUAUAUUUGGACUCAAUGACAAAUCUUGGGCAUUAGAUUUUGACUAUGACAGUUAUCAUUUUUUGUACAGCAAUGUCAAGUCUCUUGUUUCAGAUCAUCAGUCCUCCACAGUAGGAGUGUACCUGGAUCACAGAGCAGGUAUUCUGUCCUUCUACAGCGUCUCUGAAACCAUGACUCUCCUCCACAGAGUCCAGACCACAUUCACCCAGCCUCUCUAUGCUGGACUAAGUUUUCGUUGUUAUGAAGACACUGUUGAGUUUUGUAAGCUCAAAUAGACAGUCAUUUAAGUUCUGUUCAGUUGUUUAAAUUCUGUUUUUAUACUGUCAGUCUCUGGCAGUACAGCCACUAAAACAGCUUUGUCACAGAGAAAUUAGAGCUUUCAGAUUCAUCCAGCAUCAUUAUCCAUCCUCUGCGUAUUUGAUGAUUGUACUUGUAUGUUGUUUCUCUUCUAUUGCAUAUGCCUCUAACGAAAGCAACCGUUAUGUUACAUUUUAGAGCUGAUUACUGUGAUAAUUGUGUGGAUGAUAGUAAUCAUUACUUGGAGACCAUGAACAAUUAUGAUUUAUCAAUUUUGUUUUUAAUUCCGGAAACUCUGCUGAUAUUAGCAUCAUAACCAAUAUUAGAGUUUUACUUAAGUGAUUAAAACACAAACAUGUAGUAAUGUUUUCAUGGGCAAAAAAAACGUUUGGCACAUUUGUGAAUAAAUACAGGUGUGAGCAA